CUCCCCCAAGAUGGCGGCGCCCUUGUCGGAGCAGCUGCGGGAGCUGCUCGACCCCCGGCCCGCCCUGCGCGACCCCGAGGACGACGCGGAGGAAGCUACUGUUGCUAAAGUGAUUGACAGAUUUGAGGAUGAAACCUCAGACGACAUUUUGCCUGUUGGUAACAUAAGGAAAAGAGUUUCGGCCUCUCUCUUGGAAGCUGACAAAAGGUACAGUGGAAAAGCCACAUCUCGCAAAGCCUUGCAAGAAGAGCUCUGGGGAGAUGCUCUGUCUGAAGAAGGAUCUGUCUUAGCUGAAGAAGCACUAGAUGACUGGUACAGCGGCAGUGAAGGUUCAGAAGAGGAUGACAGUGCAGGCACUAAAGCAAAGGAGAAGCCCAGCAGUGACCAGGAGGAUGACUUGGAUGAUGAUGAAGAGACAGAUCCGUCUAUCAAGGACAAGGCACCAAAGUUCAGCUUCCAGAAUAUCACAGACUUCAAGAAAUUUGCAGAGGGGAUGGACAAUGCAGGAAGCAGUGAGGGGGAAGAUGGAGAGGAAGAUGAAAAUGAAGAUGAAGAUGAUGAUGCCAUGGAAGAAGGAAGCGAGGAGGAGGAGGAGGAGGAAUAUGGGAGUGAAAACCACGACGAUGCAAAGGAAACCAGAGACAGCGAGGAUGAUGGGGGGGUGAUGACCUUCUCCAAAGGCCAAGAGUCUGAAGAAGUAGAGAAGGGCAAAGCUGUGAGGAACCAGCUAGCACUGUGGGAUCUGCUAAUGGAGGGCAGAAUCAAGAUGCAGAAGGCACUGGUGACGGCCAACAGGCUCCCCCAGCCAGACACCUACCCGAGGUUCAGAGAGGAGGGUGGACAGCAGUUCGACAACGCUGUGGAGAGCUGUUGUAAAACUCUGGAGGCCUUGCUGAAAGUACUGGUGGAGCUUCAGGACGAGCUGCUCUAUCAGUACCCAGGCACGAAGCACCUGGUCGAUGGAAAGCAAGCAAAAGCUGAGAGUGAUGAUGAAAUCCCAAGCAGUAGCGAUGAGGAGCAGGUGGAUAAGGCCCAGGAGAAGAGGAGGAGCCUCCCCAAGCGAAAGCUGAAGUUUGAGGACUACCCCGAGUUCGUGGCCAAGCGCUACGCGGAGCUCAGGCCCUACCGGAACAGCGUCCUGCAGAAGUGGCACGACAAGACAAAGGUGGCAACUGGCAAAAUGGGAAAGGGUUUCGGUGCCUUCGAGCGCUCCAUCCUGGCUCAGAUUGAUCACAUCCUGAUGGACAAGGAGAGAUUGCUCCGGCGCACCCAGACCAGGCGCUCCGUGUACGCCGUGCUGGGCAAGCAGGAGCCGCAGCCCCCGCCGGCCCCUCAGCCCGGGCCGGACCACUCGGAAGUGCUCCCUCCCUCAGAUUCCAACAGACACCUGAAGGACAUAGAUGAGGAGAUAUUUGAUGAUGAUGACUUUUACCACCAGCUCCUUCGAGAACUGAUAGAGCGUAAAACCACCUCCCUGGACCCCAACGACCAGGUGGCAAUGGGCAGGCAGUGGCUGGCCAUCCAGAAGCUGAGGAGCAAAAUAAAGAAGAAGGUGGACAGGAAAGCCAGCAAAGGGAGGAGAAUCAGGUAUCAUGUGCAUAGCAAGCUGGUGAGCUUCAUGGCACCUAUUGACCACUGCACAAUGAAUGAUGAUGCCAGGACGGAGCUUUAUCGGUCUCUGUUUGGAAAAGUCACGAAUGGUGAAGAGCUGGAGCGGAAUUAGGAUCAGGCCCUUGGUUCCCUCAGGCUGCCCAGGAGCAGGGCAAGGUCUCCCCAGCCUCUGGUCUGUCCCUAAAAUCCUGAAGGAGCAUCAAACCUGGUCACUGCUGAAUCAGAGGGAUGAGUGGGGACACUGAGCCUGGCUGAACACCCACCCUGUCCAGCUUCAGGUGCUUCCUCCCUGAGACAACCCAUUUUCAACUGUUCCCUUCAAAUUCCUGACCUUGAUUUUUCCCUCUGGGGGCAAUGCUGGGGGGAAGGGACACAAUCCAGCCCAGCAGGGACCACCAGCCCCCCACAGGGGUCCCCCACAGUUGUGUUAAACCCUCAGGGAUUUUGCUUUGGGGGUUGGGGGAUUUAAACACCCCGUUCUGGUCGUGUGGCUUUAUUUUUCACCAAGAGGAUUUAAAUGUCAUUUACAUAAUUAGCAGGGCCUUAAAACAGAGCAAAGGUGCUCUCCCCUGCAGGCACAAGAGGUCCCAGUUCACAUUCCAGCUGCUGAAUGAACACAGGGACUCACCUGAGGGGUUUGUGGGGGUUUAUAGCCAAAGGCCAGAGGUGGGAUAUCAAAUCCUGUGAGGGGAAUUUGGGAUUCCGCUGUGAUCAGGUUAUCUCAUGUGAAUAACGUGUAUAAGGGGCACAGCUUGUCCCACAGAGCUGCCCUGUCCCUGGGUGGUGUUUUGGGUGAUGGAAUUAAAAUGGUUUGUAAACUGGUUGUCCUGGUGUGAUCCGUGCAGGAACGGCCCCACUGGCUCGGGGGUUCCACACCAGUGUCCCCUUUCACAGAGAUGGAGUGAAGCAGCCACCUGCCUUAUUCCUGACCUUGAAAAAGCCAAGGGAUCUGGGGGCUUUUCCCUGCACAAGAUACAGUUUUUACCAGUUUUGCAGUGGGUGACUAAAUUUGACUGGUUUGUUAUUUUUUCUAAUUAAGCUUAAAUAAAAAUGUGUCAGUUUUUAAGGCUGUAAGGGGUUAGAUGGCAGGGAGGGAAGCCCUCUCUGUGCCCUGUGCUGCCCCUGAGGGUGAGGCCCAGAGCGCAGCAACUGUGAUCCCACUUUGCAUCUCCUUGCAGUGAUUCCCCCUUUCCCUCACCUCCUGCUGUGCUGCUCCCACAAUCCUGCCUCUGCUUGGAAUGGGAUGUGUUGCUCCACAGUUUUAUCCCUCUUCUCCCUUAGCAGACUCUCUGCAGCCAAAUUUUUGCACUUCACUGUGUCCCCAGAGCUGUCUGCAGCUGAUAUUAAUUAAUCCUUUUUGCACCUCAUCAUUACAGAUUUAGUCUCCCUUUAGUCACCUGCUCCCAAUAAAUGCCUUCCCAGCACCUCAGUGGGAUGGGGAGCACAGAGCCCACCACAGCGAGGGAGGCCAGCUCAGCUGCAGCUUGUCUUGAGCAGUGGGAUAUCCUGGGUUAAAAACAGGACAAAAAAAAAAAAAAAAGAUUCUCCUUUCUCAGCUUCUCCUUUCCCAGCCCCUCAGUAGCGCCGGGCUCGGCUCCUCCCUGCCCUGUGGAGACACCUCUCGUUUUCCUUGGCUCCAGAAAGUGCCAAGGUGAGUAUUGACUUUGGGUGGCAAGCACGUGUCUCGUGGAUGAAUAAAUCUCUGCUCUCUCACAGCAGGGCAGAGCUGCAGCUCCCAGGGAGGUGCAUCCAUCUCCCUGUCCCUUCCCAGCUCCGGUCCAGGUGGAAAUGCAGGAAUCGUCACUGCUGGCUCCUGGCCCGGAUUCAGGAUCCCACUGCUGGCAUCACCUACAGCAGAGCCUACAGUGAUGCCCAGCACAGGCAAAGCACCGUUCAGGGCUGUGGGGAAAAGAGCCAAAGGGUCCUGGGCACAGGGAAGGGCUGAUUUUUUGGUCACCUGUACUGGGGGAGGAGCCCCAAGUUCACUGGUGAGCUCAGCAUGGGCUGUCACUGGGCUGCUCCAGCACAGAGGGGCCUCUCUCCAGAUGUGGGGUCUCUGAGUGUGACCAUCUCCCAUGGGAAAUCCUGGCAAUGUCACGUCCUGUCCCCUCCAUCCACUCCGUCUCAAUUCCAGCUCCCCAGCGAGGCAGGAUCCUGUGUGACCCACGCCAUCCUGGCACCUCUGACCUGAUGACCUGUCCCUGCACUGCCCUGAGCAGCAGCAGAGCCCUGUGCUCUUCAAGGUGAUUAAAAUCUCAGGGUUCAACAACCACAACUCUCAGAGCCGUCGAGGGCAGGAAAUCAGCUGCUCCCGGCAUGUCAGUGGGAUGGCAUCAGGCUGCUCGUGCUGUCAGUGCCCACAUUAAGGGGCUUGAGCAGAAAUCCCCCUGCCCCUGCCCUGCUCAGGGUUUGUUUCUGCGGGCUCUUUGUGGCUGCAGCUGUGCCACCCCCUCCCCGUUUGACUCCUGUGUCCUCUACAGCUGCAGCACCAGGGCACUCCGUGGGUUUUUUUUCUAUUUUCAUUCUGGCUGUAAUGUUAAAAGGGUAAUAUGAACCACUUUAAAUGUGAUAACUUCUCGUCGGUAUUGUUUGAGGAGAUAAGAGCCCAAGCCCCACUAAGCACGCUUUUGAAUUCACUUAUCAGUGUUUAAGCAGCCUGUUCCCCCCGUCCCCCCACCACCACCUGGGUCGUGGGGACACGGCGAGAACCUGGGCCAGCUCUGACCUUGCUGGUAAGGGCAGCCCCUGAUUCCUGGCAGGAAAAUGGGCCCGUGCCUGGAUUUGAAUGUGCUGCAGGAAAAAGUGCAGCCUGUGUAAUCCCUGAGGAACAACCCCUCGGAGCACAGUGACUCACCUGUGGCCAGUGGUGGCUCCUCCCAGAGCCUGGGGACAGCAGGAGGGUCUCCUGAGGGGGUGCCUGUACACAGGAGGAGGGUGGGCUCUGCAUUACCAGUAUCCCCAGUCUGGCUCAGCUCCCGCAGUCCCUGGAAGUUCCAGAGUGUCCGACACAGCAGGGUCAGAGCUCUCGGAGCUGUUCAUGCACACACAGAUAACCAGGAUGAUUUCCACCAGCUUUUCCUAAUGCUGCCCAUUAACAGCGAGAUAUCCCCCUCCCCAACAGAAUAUUAAUUCUUUAUGAAUUCAUGAUACAGCUGCUAAUGAGCACCUCCACAAACGGGCACCACACCUGAGCCAAACACGGCGCAGCCGCUCGGAGGCGUUCUGGGGCCCGGGCUCUGCGGAGGGAGGGACAGAGGGUUGUGUUAAUCCUCUCCCCCCAACCCCACCACGGCGAAGAAUUUCAACUUUCAGACAAACAACUUCAUUUACAAGUGUGUCUCUAAUUAGCUGCAGAAUUAGUAAAGCAGAGUUUUCCCCCCAUAGAUCGGCCAAAGCCCCGGGGGAGGCUCUGGAAUGGAGAGAAUCGCAUUUCCAAUUAUUUUGUUGAAUUGCUAAUUUAGUUAUUGUGCCUGGCGUAAUUGUGAUGGGUAUUGGGUGUGCAAUUCAAUUUGUUUUAAAUAUUUGUGGGAAGGCUGAUCAGUAAUGGAGCUGACCUAUUUCAUGGCCCAAAUUGAGAGAAGAGACUAAAACAAAAAACAGCUACAAA